CACAAUGUUGCUCAGUUCCAGCCCCCACCGGGGAAGCCCCACCUUACCGGGGACCCAACUCUGGCCGCCCUUAGCCCGGCUCAGGCGAGUCCCGCCUUCCUCCAGUCUGUCCUGAAGGCAAGGCAGUCCCUCUCCCCUGCUCCCUUCCAUCCUGCCAGGCUUCCCCUCUUCCGAUCCUCCCUACCCUCUCCGAUCCGACGCGGCCCCCUCCUUAAAGGUUAACCCCAGGGGGCCCCACCCCUGGGUACCCCCUUUCUUAUUGUCCCACUCGGUCCUAGUCCAGCACUUCCCCUGGACGGCCCUUGGUAUAAGCUCCGCCCUUCUCGAGAGGCCGCCGCUGUUCGGUCUCCGCUGUCCCACGCUCCCCUCGCCCCUCCCUUGGACAUCCCCUAGGCUGGUGACUAAGCCAACACCGCCCUUCCCAGGGGCAACUGGUUGGGAAUGGCUGAAGAAGGACUAUUUACUGUGGAUGUCUUCAGACAAAAUCUUUUCCAGGAGGCUGAUGACUUCCUCUCUACAUUCUUGCCACGGAAAAUCAUAUCCCUGAGUCAGCUCCUGCAGGAGGAUUCCCUCAAUGUGGCUGACCUCUCCUCCCUCCGGGCUCCUCUGGACAUCCCCAUCCCAGAUCCCCCACCCAAGGAUGAUGAGAUGGAAACAGACAAGCAGGAGAAGAAAGAAGUCCCUAAGUGCGGCUUCCUCCCCGGGAAUGAGAAGCUUCUGGCCCUGCUUGCUCUGGUUAAGCCAGAAGUCUGGACUCUCAAAGAGAAAUGCAUUCUGAUAAUCACCUGGAUCCAGCACCUGAUCCCCAAGAUUGAGGAUGGUAAUGAUUUUGGGGUGGCAAUUCAGGAGAAGGUGCUGGAGAGAGUGAAUGCUGUCAAGACCAAGGUAGAAGCCUUCCAGACAACCAUUUCCAAGUACUUCUCGGAACGUGGGGAUGCUGUAGCCAAGGCCUCCAAGGAGACCCAUGUAAUGGAUUACCGGGCCUUGGUGCAUGAGCGAGAUGAAGCAGCCUAUGGGGAGCUCAGGGCCAUGGUGCUGGACCUGAGGGCCUUCUACGCUGAGCUUUAUCAUAUCAUCAGCAGCAACCUAGAGAAAAUCGUCAACCCGAAGGGUGAAGAGAAGCCAUCUAUGUACUGAGCUAAGGACUAGAAGGAAAAUAAAUGACUUAUACUUUA